GCUGGGCGGGCAGCCCGGUGCCGCGGCGGGCUGCGCCCCCGGGUCCGCACCCCCCUCGCCUCCCCCCGCCGGCAAACUGCCAGGGCGGGGAGGCGGGCGGGGGAAGAGGGGGGGAGCUGGGGCUGCCUGCAGCGGCCCCCGCCCCCGGCGGAGGCAGGACGGAGCACGGAGCGCGGGGGGCGGCCGCAGCCCCGGCCCCGUGAGGAGGCGUCAGGCGCGGGAGCUCCGCUCGCACCCGGUCCCGGCGCCGUAUAAAUGGGGGGCGGCGGCAGCGGCAGCAGCGCUUCGCCCAGACGGAGCCGGCCCGCAGCGGAGGGCGGCUCGGCGACACCGGCGGCGGCCCCGGCAGCAGCAGCAGCGGCGGCGGCGGCGGCCCCGGGCGCACCGGCACCGGCAGCGGCAGGAUGGGCGGCGGCGGCCCGCGGCGGCCCGGCGCGCUGCCGCUGCUGGCGCUGGCGCUGCUGGCGGCGCAGGGCGGAGCGGCUCCGCUGCAGCCCGGCGGGUCCCCGGCGCUCACCAAGAUCUACCCCCGCGGCAGCCACUGGGCUGUGGGACACUUAAUGGGGAAAAAGAGCACUGGAGAUUUUCCUUAUGUUUAUGAAGAAGAAAACAAGACACCGUUUUCAGCAUUACCUGAAAAUAUCAAGCAGCUGGAAGACUAUCUGCAGUGGGAAGAAAUCUCGAAAUAUUUGCUACGGCUGCUGGAAGGGAAUGAAAAUAAAAGCGCUCACUUUUUAAAAGGAGGGCUUCCCUGGUAUACCAGGAACACCUGGGAGACAGAUGACAAUAGCAGUUGGAAAGAUAUGAUGGACUAUCUGCUUCAAGUUGUGAAUAUGAAAGAGAGCACUCCAAGCUGAAAGAAGGUCUCUAAAUAAUGAAGAAAUGGAAUACUUUCAGUAAGAGACUAUAUUUCACAAGCACUUGAUUGUAUCAGAUAAUCAACAAGGUCUCUUUUCUGUAAACAAGAUUUCCUUUGUGUAAAAUAUCUAAAUACACAUAUUCUUGUAUGUUUCAGCAAUGACUAAACUCUCUACUUCAUUUUCAAGGUUGCAUUUUUCUCACUUGAAUGGCUUUGAUAUAUAUAAUUGUCACGGAAGGGUCUUCCAAUUAAUUAUAUGACUUACCUAUCUAAUCAGUUCAUCUCUUAGUUCGAAACUACAUGACAUUUCAACAUUCGCAAUAAAUAGUACUAAGAAAAA